CUUACAGCUCUAUAUACAGUUGAUGCCUCUUCGGAUUUUGUCAAGGAUUUUGUCACGGAGGUAUAUCACCUUCUUGCUGCUUGCGGAGGCCUUAAACGGUACUGUCUUGGCCAAUACCUCCCGACCAUGCACGAUUAUGACCAUGGGCCGGCAACCCGCAAGUCUACCGGGUCCCGGACUGAAUUGAUAGCAAGAGCUAUCAGAGACACUUACGGCUAGUUUGCGAUGGCCGCCCUUGAGCGAAACAAGGCCCCAAAACACGUUCGCCGCGUUGCAGCAAGUCACGUUUUCACGCCAUGUUCGGCCUAUCGAGAUCCCCUCUUCGAACGACUGCUACGCUAUGUUUGUAAGGCCUACGGAGUACCAACAGACAUGAAAUCUUUAAGAAGGUCGUCAAACUUGCGGGUCGUUGGCCCUGUGCCGCAGGUUUCAUGCAUGCUUACCCGCCACAGCGGGUUGAUCUACUGGCUGGCGAGGUUUCUUCUUCCACGCUUCCACGCUUCUGGAAUCUGUUCUCGAAUGGCCAUUGUAUGCGACAAAGGCGGAGCCCGCCAGUUUAUGCGGUCUCCAAAAGCGCUGCUACAAUUGGCAGAGGGUCAAUGCUGUCCUUGUUACUUCAUCCUAUGGCAUUGCCGACCGCCGCCCGCGAUGUUACUGCGUUCAGAUCUUGCAGCCAGGAACAGACAGAAGGCAGAGAAUUCUCGUCUUUCCCUUAUUGAUUGCAUCGUAUCGUAGAAAAUACAUGCACGGACGUAGUAGUCGAUCCCCCAAGUACGGUAUGCAACAGUCCCGUAUGUUACAGGGAAAUCCGAAACUGCUUAACGUUAUAAGGGGGCAGAUAUGUAGAUAUCUCUUAGCAAGGGGAUCCCUUUCUCUGUCAUUACUUC